UUGGGUCUGACUUGUUGAAUCAUACAUUGAUGACACUUAUAACUGGCGAGUUCAAAUUUACUCGAAGUUUCACACUAUUGAUGAAGUUUUUAAGAGAGUGUUGUCAUUAUAGGUCCAACGUUUGUUACAGAGAAUGAAUUUCUGGAAUAUCUUUGGUGGUAAAUCGAACACUCCGUCGCCAACAUACCUCCAGGCACAGAAAACGAAACAAAUCGAGAGCCUACGAAAGAUAUCUGCGUCUGUGUCAGAGACAAUCCGUGAUGUGGAGUACAGGGCAACUUUCCCAGUCAACACAACAAACCUCACCCUAGUUAUCUCUUUGCCGCCAAAAUUCCCUCAGGAUCAGCCGAUGGUGGGAGUAGAACCAGGCGUCCACCACCCCUGGGUGGAUAACCAGAUGAGAGUGGCCCACUGCCCUGCCCUUCUCUCUUUCUCCAUGCACUCCAGUCUGGGAUCAGCUGUACAGAGUAUUGUGGAUGAAUUCAAGAGAAAUCCUCCCCAAGUACUGCCACAACAUCUGUACAAUGCGGGAGGCCAGUUACCUUACCCGUUGCCGUCAACUGCCUAUCCUCAGCCUGGGUACUCUCAGCCUGACUCUGCACAGACCCAGUACUCGCAGGAUGUGCCUCUAAUGAGGACCCCCUCCCUAUCCUCCUACACCUCACAGAUGUCCACAGAAGACUCAGUCAGAGAUACUUCAGGAAGUAGCUUGUAUCAGAUGCCAGAGAUACCAGCUUCAUUUCCAGCCCUAAAAAACAAAAGCAUGACAGAGUUGAAUGAACUGAUGCAUGAUGAGGGGAAGAUGCUGGAGCUGCUGCAACAACAACCCGAGCUGGAGAAGAUCUCAGAGGACAGAAGAGAACUCUCAAGAACGUGUGAAGAGCUAGCCAAAUCAAACUUAUCCAGAAAACCUGAGGUGGAAAAUCUGAAACGAUCCUUGAUAGAGCAGUGGGACCGUAUGAGUGAGAUGCGGAGUCAGCUAGAGGAUCAGGUGGCUAGACAGGCUUUGUUAGCAGAGCAGUUCCACCCCAGCAUCCUGCAGACCAAUCUAAAGGUUGCCGCACUGGAAGCUGAAGAGGAGUCCGAGAGAAUAGCAGAGGCCUUCCUAGACAAAAAGAUGGACAUAGAUGAAUUCAAACAAAAGUAUAUGGAGAUUAGAACAUUAUGUCACAGUAGACGGGCAAAAGAGGAGAAACUUCAUCAGAUAAUCAUGUCACAGGGUCUUCAGUACUGAACAUUUGACAGUUGUGUGAUGGUGUUAUCAGACAUCAGUACUGAAGAGUUGACAGUUGUGUGAUGUGUUAUCAGACAUCAGUACCGAACGGUUGACAGUUGUGUGAUGUGUUAUCAGACAUCAGUACCGAACAGUUGACAGUUGUGUGAUGUGUUAUCAGACAUCAGUACCGAACAGUGGACAGUUGUGUGAUGUGUUAUCAAACAUCAGUACUGAAGAGUUGACAGUUGUGUGAUGUGUUAUCAGACAUAAGUACUGAACAGUUCACAGUUGUGUGAUGUGUUACCAGACAUCAGUACUGAACAGUUCACAGUUGUGUCAUGAUAUCAGCGAAUGGUUGUGGGUUUCCUCCAGGCUUUACAGGGUUUCCUCCCAUCAUAAUAUUUCCCACCACAAUGCAUAUGCAUUUGGCAUUUGCAUUUUCUUGCAAUUUGGAUAAUUGUUUGGAAUUGCAAAGUACUUAUUGUCAACAAUACUUCUCCACACAUCUACACUAGCCUUUCCUGGUCAUUCCAUUGUCUAUAUAAACAUGUAUACAAUCAACAGACAUAAGUAUUCCUCCCUUCCAAUAUGGCGUCACACUGUGACAUUUUCAUCAGUAACUUCAAUCGUCGUUUAAGGUAAAAGAAGAUGUGUCUUACCUCGGUAUUUGGUGAGAUUGCCUUUCAUGUGUAUCACUUCCUUAAUGCGACCUGCGAUACUUGCACAUAAAUUUCUGACAUACUUCAAGAGGUAUGUUCAGCCACAGGCGGUGGAUUCAUAGAUUGACGAUGUUGGUAACCACUGCUCUAAGGCCUCAAUUCAGUCCAAGCCAAAUUUUAUCUAUGAUAUAUAGAUCAGGGGUUUCUUCUGUCAGUUUAGGAGUUUUUAUUUUCUUUCUUCCAUAAAUUCACAGUUUAUGAAACUCUCCUAUACUCAGCUGUUUGCCUUUCCAACCCAUAUUGUCAAACGGUGUUUACAAACAAACCCUAAGAGAAGACGAGGAAAUGACGUCAUCAGUAUACUUAUAACAUCUUAUAGCUUGUUUCACUUAAAAGGCUUGAUAUAUUUUUAUGUCUGUAAAUAGCGAAGUGCAAUGCCACAACAUGAUGGAAGUGGUGAAUACUGACUGUAUA